AUGUCUUCGCCCUUUCUCAAGAUAACGACGACGACCACGAGCAGCACCUACCCAGACGACGACAACAAUGCCUUGCUUUCGCGUGCCGCGAGCUAUACCGACCUCCCGAGUCAAUCCCCGGAAUCCGGUCCUCCGGGCUUGAGACGAACCUUCUCCGACUAUGCAGUACCCACCCUCUCCUAUUCGCCGACAAAGGAGACCGUGGCCGCAGGCAAGGAUAUUCUGCGUCGGACAUCCCUUCGCUCGAAAAAGAAACCCGAGAAGUCGCCCGCCGCCGUUUCCCACUUUACACUGUCUUCCUCGGAAGAUCUCAAGGACGCGGACGCGCAGGAUGUGACCGCGACGAAGAUGCCGGAAACGAGGGCGCCCGAACCUGUAGCUCGGCCAUUAGUAAAGAACCGUUCCAUGUCUGGGCGGAUCGUCAAUUUGGCACGGAAGCCAUGGGGGUCCUCGUCCCGAUCACCUUCCCCGGCAGCGAAGAGGAGUAAACAACGAGUCGAAGAACAAUCUCCUACUCGGUCGAGUGGACGCAAGACGGAAUCGGCUGAUGCGGAUGGGGCGCAGCCUUCGCGCAGGCGAACGGUGCUAUACAAACGGCCACGCCGGCCAAUGGUAGCGGUGGUGACAAAGGGGAAUUCGGACUCUCCAGAUUCACCCAACAGUCCGUCGCACUCAUUACGAAACCGGACUUCUUUCGAGAAAUUUACAGCCUCUCUCUCCGUGUCAACUCCGGUUCUCCCGCCUAUGCCAAAGGGAGCCGUCGCAACCGUGGCGUCCUUUACAAACAACAGCAGCACGGUUGAGCAUUCGCGUAAGAAGGAUGAAUUGUGGGGCAUAUUCCGUGGCCUUGAAGCUGAUUUCCAAAAGUUUCAAUCCAAAUCGAGCUCACUGAAAGCUAAUGUCAUUCGCUCCUCUUUGCUCCCUUUUCUUGGCCGCCAUCACCUUCACGCCUCCUGCAAGAACCUCAGACCCGAAGAUUUGGAUCGCCGGGUCAAUAUUCUCAACAAGUGGUGGAUUGGGAUGUUGGAGAUGCUCAAUGGCAAGAACAAUCAAUCGAUAUCUGGGACUGACCGGCCAGUUUUCCUCGAGGCGGUGGUGGGUAUUAUGACCCGACCAGAAUGGCGGAUCCCAUUCCCUACUGCCCAGCAGAGCGAUGGACCUACGGAUUCGCUUAAAUACGCCUCGACCUCAGUAUCGGAGACCUCUGACGGGUCAGGUUCAUCUGGAUCGGACUUUCUGGUUGAGUCCAUUCACCACAAUAUUCGCAAUGUCUUUGUCCAGAAUCUUCUGUCCCAAAUGGCAUUUGUGGUGGAGCGAAUGUCGAUGAGACACGCACCGGCCAGUUUGGUAGCUUUCUGUGGAAAAGCGUGUGCAUAUGCCUUCUUUUUUUGCCCAGGAGUCGCAGAUAUCAUGGUCCGACUGUGGAACACCUCUCCCACUGUUUUCCGCCGUAUCCUGGCCGAGAACCCCCAGUCUCGCGCUGGGAACAUGCGUGCUUUUACACAGGAACUGGCUCUGAGCUUUCCUAUGGCACUUCGACCUUUGGCUUUCCAUUCACAUACACCUUUGCUCCGGUAUAUGCGACACAAGCCCGAGCCACCCUUGAAUACAACCAAUAUCUCAUGGCAUGGCCCUUGGAUUGCACGCUGGUGCGGACGCGACACAGAUUUGUUCUUUGUCUUUGUGAAGUACAUCCAUAUUCUGUACGCAGAGUACAUGCCCCCAGAGACGGAAAAGGCGAGGAGAAUGUUCGCACCUGGACUGCUUCUAGUUCAUGCGCAACUUUUGAUUGCCAUCGAGGAUACGAUCUACAAGCAGUCCCUGCAUCAGCCGGAAACCACUCACGCAGCAGCAGCAAUCACUUUUGACGAUUUCAUUGAAUCGCCAGACGCGUCUGCUUCUCACUCCCUCGCAGGUAGUAGGAACAGCUAUCGAUUCAUGGCGGAGAAUCGGUUGAUCAUUCUUCUCCGGGACCUGCUCUCAGAAUCCUCUGCCGAGCCUAAUCGCGCACGACUGCUCUAUGCGGAGACUUUCUGUAGCCUACUUAAGGUUGCUGCUCAAAGAAUCUCUCUUUUCGAUCAUAAUGCCUGCUUCCUUCUCUGCGAUUUCCUGGAAGAAGUUAUUUCGAUAAUCACACGAUAUGCACAGUCCAUUGAGACCGAAUUGUUCGAUUGGAGCUUCUGGUUAGAGGUUUGUCGGCAGAUGAUGCAAAGCCAUAAUUCGCUGACCGAGGUGCGCGUGUUCUCCUUCAUCUACAGCAUCUGGGGUACCUGGGCUGCGACAGAGGGGCGGAAGGCGAGUCUCUGCUUAGGCUUUUUGUUGUCUGAGCCUGUUUUCUACCAUUAUUUCAAUCAUUGGAGUCCGAUGGUGCGCGCCUACUAUCACCGUGUUUUGUGCUGGAGGAUCGGUCGUUUCAACGGGGACCCCUCACCGCUUGACUCAACGAUAUAUGAGACGCUAUCUGAGAGGUUGCUACGGGUUUGGGAGUACUAUAUUGGAUUCCAAUCCAAGGCUGAGGAGGGGCUCACUGCUCCGCUGUCGUCUGCUCCUUGCACCCCAGCUCCGGGGCGGCGGAUAAUCAUCAUUAGGUGUGAUAAUCAGCUGUCUCCGGUCAACCUUUUUGUCUCGUUUGAUCGAGUUGUCCCGCCGGUCCCCCCUGAUCAAGUCACGUCACAUCGGAGAUCUAGCUCUGCGGACUCGAACGGCUCAGACGGCCAGCCACCUAAGCGGCGAUGGGGCCUGCUUCGCUCCAUGUUCGGCAGUUCGGCUAAACCCGAUGCUGCAGGUGGCAGUAGUUCAGACGAGUCUGACAGUGGUGUCACGGAUCUGACAGUGACUCCAGACAGCAAAUGCAUGGACGAGCAUGAGAAAACCCCAAACCACAGUUCAGAUGAGCUCGUUCGACCCAAGACUCCGCACCAGCCGUAUUUCUUCAAGUUUUCUCUGGAAUGGAUGGACCGGCCAAAUUGGCCUACCAAGAACAAGCGUCUCUUUACACCCUGUCUCCCGGUGGCUUCGCAACUCCACGUGCAGCACUGCCGGUCUCUGUCUGACUCGAAGUCUACCGAUUUUGAUACCGCAUCAGAGAACCUGUCUACUUCGGAGAACACGGCCGAUGAAACGCCCACAGAAGAACACGAGACCAUUCCAGCACCCUCGUCCCAACUAGCUGCGGACAGCCAACCCAGGACACCCACCAUGAAGAACUCUCCCCUUCCCAGGCUCCCGGCUCGUCCUACACACGAGUAUCUCGUGGCCAGCAAGUACGCUGGCCGCGCUCUGGCAGAGUGGGCACACAUUGUCUCCGAAUGUGACAGUUUCUUCGCCCGACGCCGCGACGAGGGCGUCCCAUCGGAUCGCAGGGUCGAAACGCCUAGCCUGGGUGUAGAGAGCUUUCGGAAAUAA